CUGUUCUUCCUGGCAGCAAUUCUCAUUGGAAAUAGCUCUCACAUUCUAUGUUGAACAUUGCUGAUUGACAUUCAGAAUGCUGGCGGUCCCGUGGCCCAAGCCGCUUUCUGAAGCAGUAUUCGGUGAGGAUGUUGGCUACGAGCCAUUCAGGCGCCGCUUGGCCAAAGCUGUCGAAGUGGACUUCAUGGACGUUGGCCGGGGACAGUUCGGUAAAGUUUUCGGAGUGGAGAUCCCUGCAACCAAGAAAGGCACUGUGGUCGGAAAGUUUCUGGAUUACACCAGCAGGCAGCCGAACUUGGAGCAAAUGGUGUGCAACGAGCUGACGAUCUCCACUAAGCUGCAGCACAAGAACAUUGCUGCGUGCUUUGGCGGAAUGCAGUCGGCACUCUGGCCAGUGAUCUUCUUCGAGUGGAUCCGUGGCAGGACCCUGGAGGAAAUGUUGAACGACUCGAUCAAGACCACUGGUGCCCCGCUAACAGAGCAGACAUUGCGGCCAAUAACCGGGCAACUGCUAGAGGCAUUGCACUACCUCCAAACUGCGAGGGUGUUUCAUGGUGACCUCAAGAGCGACAAUGUGGUAGUACGAGAGGACGGAACGCCCAAGAUCAUUGACUUUGGCCUCGCCGUUGAGUACACGGCCGAGCGCAAGGCCAUGGUGAUACACCCACGCAUGUACACCCACCCGCCCGAGAUGAACGACAAGGAAAUGGGCGGUGUGGACCACAAGUCAGUUAUGUUCUUUCUUGGGGCGAUGGUGUACAAGGUCGCAGUCGGUCAGAAUGGAUACGUGGGAGAGUUCUAUGAGCUUAACGUGGAGGAGCAGAAUGGGAGGCUCCGGGUUGGCGUGGACAAGUCAGCCGAGAACUACCAGCGACUGUCCCCGGACCUGCAAGACCUAAUUGUCUGGAUGACACGUUAUGAGCCCUGCGAGAGGCCAGAUGCGGCCCAUGCUCUCCAAUCGCCAUGGUUCACAGCAGAGCCAGGCUUCACCAUGCCUACUCUAGUGAACUACCAGCCGCAGAUUACGCCAGACCAGGACACAGACAUACUGACGAAGAUGGCGCGAGAUCUGGAUAUGCCUGAAGAUAAACUGGCUGAACAAAUUAUGUGGAGGAAGAACACGUGGCAGUCCAUCGCGUACAGAGCCAACGUCCACGCUGCUCUAUAUGCGCCCGCUCAAGAAUAGCCCAACGGAGCAGCUGACGCGUCCGCAGACGCUAUCAGGAUGCAGAACUUGAUGCCGUGCAUUUUGAGGAGCAUUUCACAAAAUAAAUUCACUUGUAUCACCAAAAUCUUCGGCACAUUCACUAUUUACUAUUUCGUAUAUUGCACUGUUGUACUACUGUAUAAUAAUUAUGCACUCUCAUUUUA